AUUUUUAAUAUAAGUUUCGAAAAAUUAAUAAAUAAAUAAAUAAAUAAAUAACUAAAUAAAAUCUUGUAAAUUGUUUAAGGUUUUGCAGUUCUAAUGAAUCAUACUUACAUAUUUCACAUAUUAUAGUUGAGAUGUAUGUUAUAUAAGCGCACUAAAUGAAGAAACUCCGAAAUAUAUUGUUUAUUAUACUAUUUAUUUACUACUAAGUCAAAAUUAUUUAGAAGUACAGGAUUAAAACCAGUUAAAAACACUGACAUGUUUGGUAAUAAAAACACACAGACUUUAAGUCAUCGCGAAAGUGAAAGUUAUGACAAAGUGCAAGAAGGAAGGAAGUUAAAGCAAAAACUCCGUCGGAUAAAAAGCUCCCUGAAGGGGCAAAAGAGAGAUGGCGAAGGAGAAGAAGGAAAUGUCAAGAUUGUCUAUCAUCCUUAUGGGAGAGGAGUGGACAGGAAAGAGCUCAGUUGGAAAUACCAUGCUGGGCCAAAGUGUAUUUAAAGUUGACACUGAUACAGAGCAUGUAACGCAUCGCUUAGGUAUCAUUGAGGGUAGAAAUGUGACUGUGGUAGAUACACCCGGAUGGAUUUCAGAUUGUUACCCAGAUAUCCCACUCAAAACUCUGAAGCAAGGAAACAAUUCAGUAUCAUUUAUGUGUCAAGGGUUCCACAUCCUGCUUCUCACUAUCCCCAUUUCCCAAGACCAAAAUUGGAACCAAAAACUUGUGCAAAGGCUGUCAAAUGCUCUGAGUCUUUUCAAUGCUGAUAUCUGGAAACACACCAUGCUACUGUUCACCAGAUAUGACCUUCUAGAUUCAAAAGGAUUUGAGCAAUACCUGGAAGGUAAUGGGCAGGCCUUCCAGAGCUUGGUGGAAAAGUGUGAGCAGAGGUACCAUGUGCUCAACAAUCGCAAAUGUAAUGAUCGCAAGCAAGUCAGGGAGCUGAUGGAAAAGAUAGAGCAGAUAGUCCAAGUAAACGAUGGUCAGUUAUUGCAACUGGUCACAAGUGAACAGGGAGUGGGCACAUUGAGAGAGAAUGAGAUGGAUACACUGAGACUCAAUGAGCAGUUAAAGAUGGAUGAACCCAUAAGGGGGGAAAGCUGCUUCAGAUUGGAAGACUACAUGUUUAAAUCCCUGAGACCAGAGGGAAAUGAACCACAAAAUCCUACUGAGCAAAAAGAGAUGUCACAUCCAGCUGACAUGCAAAAUGCUGCACCUGAAUCAUCCUACAUCCAAAAUGAAUAUACUAAACCUACACCCGACCUUUGCUCAGAGAGCCCUGCUGAAAUAAACAGAGGUCUGUCUAGGAGCAGUGGUGAUAACAGGGAUCCAGAUGCAAGUACAAGUAAAAAGAAUACUUGUACAGAAGUAGAGGAAGCAUGCAUGGACAGAGAUGGAGAUGGCGAUAAAGAAAAGAACAAAAAACACGUACAGCAUACAACAUUGCAAAAAUACACUCCUCAUCCCUGGGAUGACGUGUGGGACUUGAACAUUACUUGUUCCUUUUAUAAUGUUGUCUCCAAUCAUCAGCAAAUUAUUGUGACUUGCAUUCUUCAGAUUUCUGUCUGCUGGAGAAAAAUAAAACCAUCAUGUCAGACAGAAUGGAUCUCUUUUACAGUGUAUGGUGAUAAUUUGCAAUUUAUCAUGAUUCUGUACCUGUUUGUGACAUAUUUAAUUCUCAGCUAUAAAACCUAUGGAGUACACAAAGAAACAGGUGUUCAGACCAUGAACACACUGGUCUCUGGGUUUGUUGAUCACCAGCAAGAACCAGGCAAAGAAACCCAGGGAGUUUUUCACUCACUGCUGAGGCACAUUGUCAGCAAUAUGCCUAAGCGUUUGGAUGGAGAGAUAACCAAAUGCAGCAAAAUGGUGGAUGUUAAAAAAAUCCCACAACACAGCACCGGCGGUAACAAUGAAGAGAUGAAGCAAAGUGAAGAUGAAGUGCUACUCCAACACAUUCAGAAAGGUGAAGAGCUACGCCAUGUUCAAAAAUAUAUUGAAGAUGAUAAGCUACUCCAACACAUUUGGCAAAGUGAAGAUGAUGAAGAACUUCCCCAACAUGGUAAAAAAGAUGAAGAAGAUGAAGAGCUACCCCUACACAUUCACAAAGAUAAAGAGAAAGACAAAGAGCUACCCCAACAUGUUUACAAACAUGAUGAAAAUGAAGAGCUAACCCAACACGUUCAAGACUAUGAUGAUGAAAAGCUACCCCAAACCAUUCACAAAGGUGAAGAAGAAGAUGCAGUGCUACUUCAACACGUUCACAAAGGUAACGAAGAUGAUCAGCUCACCCAACCUGGCCAGAAAUGUAGAGAAGAUGAUGAAGAGCUAACACAGCAUGGUCAGAAAGUUGAAGAAGAUGAAGCGCUACCUCAACAUUUUUACAAAGGUGUAGAAGGACAUGAUGAAGAGCUACUUCAGCACUUUCACAAAGGUGAGGAAGACGAACAGCUCACCCAACAUGGCCAGAAAUGUAGAGAUGAUGAUGAAGAGCUAACCCAACACAUCCACCAAGGUGAUGAACAGCUAACUCAACACUUUUACAAAGGUGUAGAAGAACAUGAUGAAGAGCUGCCCUAUGUUCAGAAAUAUGAUAAAGAAGAUGAAGAGGCAUUCCAACCAAUUAGCCAAGGUGACGAAGAUGAACAGCUAAUCCACCAUGGGCAGAAGGGUAAAGAAGAUGAAGAACUAACCCAACAUGGUCAGAAAAGUGAAGAUGAUGCUCUACCCCAACACUUUUACAAAUGUGUAGAAGAACAUGACGAAGAGCUACCCUAUGUUGAGAAAUAUCAUAAGGAAGAUGAAGUGGUAUUCCAAAACAUUCGCCAAGGUGAAGAAGAGGAAGAGCUACCCCAACCCAGUCACAAAGACGAAGGUGAAGAGCUACCCCAACCCAGCCAGAAAGCUGAAUGUGAAGAGCUACUCCAACAUAUUCACAAAGAAAAUGAAAAAGAUGAAGAUGAACUACCCCAACAUGGUGAAACAGAGCAACCCCAAAGCACUGACAAGGGUGAAGAAGAGAAAUCUCCAAAAAUCAAAGGUGUUAAUGAAGCGAUAUCCCAUCAGAGCAAGAGGGGUCAUAAGAAAGAACCACCCCAGCAGGACUAUAAGGAGGAUGAUGAAAAUAUGCUCCAACAAAAAAAGAGGGCUGUUGAUGACCAUACACUCCAACAUAGCAUAAAGGAGGAGGAAAAACAGAUGCUCCAAAAUAACAAAAGAGAUUAUGAAGUGAAGGACCAACAGAGAAAUGAGAAGAGAUACUUAAACUUAAGAGAAACAGCACUAGGUGUAGGGAUGGAAAAUGGGGACACAGAAAAGACAUCAAUAACAAUGCAGACACCAAGGAUGGAGAAGAGAACCCAAACCAGAGACAGCAUGUAGAAAGACGUCAACAGUCUCCUGAGACAAAAGUAUCGUCCUCAUCCAGAUUAAAUCAUAAAGGUGUCAGAAUAAUUGAAACAACAUUAGAUAUGAAAAGAGUGGAAUUCGGGAAGAGAAGAAAAUCCGUGAAAAGUCAGGAUGCUGGAGAAGAGGACACAAGACAUUAUGAAAACAUAAUUAGUAAAAGGAGAAGAACUAAGAGCCUGGAACGAUUUAUUGCAUUUACCAGUGCUGGAGAAGAAGAUACAAAACAACACCAAGAUAUUUUGAAACUUAGGAGAACCAAAAGUCUGGAACGAUUUGAUACAUUUAACAUUUAAUUCCAGGUGCUGGAGAAGAAGAUACAAAACCACAUCAAGAUAUUUUGAAACUUAGGAGAACCAAGAGUCUGGAAUGAUUUGAUACAUUUAACAGUGCUGGAGAAGAAGAAACAAAACCACAUCAAGAUAUUUUGAAACUUAGGAGAACCAAGAGUCUGGAAUGAUUUGAUACAUUUAACAAUGUUUGAAAACCAAGAUAUUGAAAACCAAGAUGUUUGGAAAACAAACUGCAUUUGAUUUCAUCCUAAAAACUUUUAGAACAAGAAAAUUUCUUUAAAAAAUCUUAUUUAAUCUUUAAAAUAAGAAGUGAGUCAAAAGAUUAUUCUUGCACUUAAUAAAGUCAUGAUGCUCGUUAUGUGAAAUAUAGAGAUAUACUGAAAAAGUUCUUACCUCGAGCUCUAUAACAUAUGAGCAGCAGAAUGAUGGUCACCAGCAGAUACGGAGAGGCCGUCACCACACUACAGAUCAGCAUGAGCACUGAGAAUGGAGCUUCUACACCUGAAGGACAUGAAGCAGAAUAAAAGAAUAAUUAUAAUCAUGUUUAUUUCAUUCUGAACUGUUUAGAUGUUUUAGCUCAAUCUGCAGUACAAAUAAAUUAAUUUAUACCGUG